AUGCAACGUGGAAGUGGCGUAGAAGAACCUGGAGGCGGCUGGGCUGGGCUGCUGACGAGACUUAAGUCGUUUUCCCAGGCAAGACCCCUGCAUGGUCUGGCAUUCAUUGAAUGUUUUUUGCAGCUUACGCGUCCCUCCGCUCCGGGCAGUGUCGCGUUGGCCCUCCACCUGGUCGCAGCAGAAGCAGGUCUGUCCCCUGAUGGCACUGUACACGACCUUGGAGGAGGCAACUUCUCGUCUGCCAUCACAAGGUCUGGUGGCCUGAGCUUCGUUGAGUUCUACGCUCCGUGGUGUGGCCACUGCAAGAAGCUAGUCCCAGAAUGGGAAAGGACAGCAGAGCUGUGCAAGGACGAUGGAAUCUUGGUGGCCAAGGUCGACUCCAUUGCUGAGAAAGCUCUGGCGCAACAGCACGAGGUGCAGUCAUUCCCAACUCUCAGACUCUUCCGAGGCAGCCCGAAGGUUUCCGUCAAGUACGAAGGUCCUCGCACUGCUGCCAAAAUGGCAGAGUGGGUCAAGGUCAAACAGAACGAAGACCUGGUCCAACGACUGCCCGCAUCUUCGGAGGAAAUCGCAGCUUGGGCCUCCCAGAAGCCUGUCGCAGUGCUUGGGCUCCUGGAGGGUGUGGUCGAGAGCAGCGUCUUGCUUCAAGUUUUGGAGGACGCAUCGUUCGCCUUGAACCCUUCAGCCGCAGGAGGCUUCGUGCCCAUCGGCCUCGUGGAGUCGACAAGCUCUGCUCUCCUGGAGACCCUAGGCCUAGGCUCGACAGCUUCCGGGCCGAGGCCGACGCUGCCCUGCGUCGCUCUGCUGCGUAGCUUCGACUUCGAAGAGAAGGUGUUGGUUUUCACUCCGCAGGGCAGUUGGCCCAACAGCUUCGAGGCUUUGAUGUCGUGGAUAGCUGCGAAGCGCGUGCCGGCGCUAAUCCCCGGAUCGGAGCAGACGGAGAAGUUCUUCUUGCAGGACAUCGAUCCCGGAAAUGGCUUAGUGCUUUACUUCGGUGAAGACGAGCAGCUCCGCCGCGAUCUUCACGAACUGGCUGUGUCGUUCCGCAGUGACACGAAGCUGAAGUGGGUGCACCUCAAGAAGAGCCAGUUCGGUGAGAGCUUAGGCAAGAACGUUGGAUUGACCCCUGCCGACUUUCCAGAGGUGGCGAUCUGGGAGUUUGGCGAGACAGAGGAUGCCGACAAGGUGUAUCGGCUGUCCCAGCAAUCCUCUGGUGCAGCAUUGACGCGAAAGGCAGUUCAGGCCUUUGUUGAUGACUGGCGGCAGGGGAAGCUCUCGGCAGAGAAGGACCCAGUGGUUUCGGUCACGAGUGACACGUUCGACAGCCUCGUCAUCGACAAUGACAAGGAUGUGCUGGUCGAGUUCUACGCUCCUUGGUGCGGCCACUGCAAGGCUCUGGCUCCAGAAUACAAACUGGUUGCCCAGCACUAUGAGCAGGACGACGGCAUUUCGAUAGUGAAGAUGGAUGCGACGAAGUACAAACAUAGCUCCGCAGACAUUAAGAGCUACCCGACCCUGAAGCUUUAUGCUAAGGGCAAGAAAGACACUCCAAUCGACGGGGAGUUCAAGUCAACCCGGACCAAGGAUGGAAUCAUGGCAUUCAUCGAAGAGCACCGUGCCACGAAGAAGAAGGGAGGCAAGGGAGCAAAGCAAAAAGACACAGACAAUGAGCCGAAGCAGUCUGGGGCACCAGUUCCGGCGACCCAGGUGCCUUUGCCAGCGGAUGACUCUUUCGUGGAGCACACAGAGUACUGCAGCUGGCUGCGGGGGCGGCUGCCGAAUUGGCAGAGUUGGAAGGAACUGGAGGACCAUGAAGAGACAGUCGACAAGGGCAUUCAGACGACCAUGUUCGGCCAAUGCUUCGAUGCUGGCUCUCUUGCUGGGCUUCUUAUAGCCGUCUACGCCGCAAGCGUGGCGGCUGGGGUGGUCCUUUACUACGGAAGACCGGAGUUGUUGGAUGGAGAGAUGGAUUCACAUGGCCAGAUCUGUGGCAUCGGCAAUGUUCACCGCCCGAUGCUGUACUGGCCAGCUCCGGGCGAGGCCAGGCUUGCGACUUGCGUCGAUGAGUGCCCUGCGGAGGUGGACGUAGUGAACUCGAGGUCUGUGAGCGUUGCAAAUAUGGAGCCUGUCACCAUUCAGUGGUUGUUGGAAAACGGGACCAACCUUACACAAGAGAAGGUGGCGCUUGAGAAGAGGCAGAUGCUUGGAAGGAAUUCCUACCCAGUAUACGAGACACUGCCUUGCCUGGGGCGGUUCUGCCUUCCGGACGUGAAGGCACCUGGCAUCUUCGCGUCGUUGCUGUGGGCUGCUGGUGAGCAGGGGGCCGUUGUGCCUGGGGCAUCCGUCCUGAUGGUCUACGCACGGCGAUUGCUGGGAAUCCUGCGUCAGGGGCCUCCGUGGAAGGAAUGGCUGGUCUCGCAUUCUUGGACAUUGUCCGGUUUUGUCUGUGCAGCAGCCGUGAGCGUAUUCGCCCUCGGCGGGCUGUCGCAAGCAGUGCAAGCAGCUUGCCCCCGAUGUGCUGCCUUUGGGACCACGACGAUUACAGGCACCUUGGCAGCUGGGGCCGGCAAGAUGGUAUGGGACACCUUGCGCAAAGUUGACACAGCAGCAGCGAGCGAUGCUGCGAUCGGGUUGGAGCAGGGGAGUUUGGCUCCCGGAGGUUUGUUACUUGUGAGUGCAGCCCUCGUGGCGCUGGCAGCACUCGCAGCCAUCGCAGUCACCUGCACCCGCAAGAGGCUGACGAGAGGCGCAGCAGCGAUAUCAGCCUCGCUCCUGGCCGUGCCACGCAGGCUUCUCCAGGAGCUUCUGAUGGCCACCUUGCUAUUGGCAGUAACCCAAGUCGCCAGUCUCUUUGCUUGCGCAGCUCUAGUGCAGCGUGCUGCAUCAGUAGUAGUUCCUGAUUCGCGGAUUUCCGGAGUCGCCGGGUCUUCGGAACCCUGGCCUUUGCCAGCGGAAAACGCCAGUGUCCUGCUCGGAUCCGAUCUGCUUGGUGAGGCCUGGCCGCCAGGACCUGUGAUCUCCGACGCUCAGCCUUUCGCUUUCUCAGAUGGCGUUUGCUUCUCCCUUCUGCUGGUGGUGAUACUGAUCUGCUGCUGGUGGCUUCAGCUGACGGAGGCAGUCUUUCGUGGCAAGGUAGCGCUCACAGUCGCUUUCUGGUACUUUUCAUUGGAUCCAGAGGAUGUGGCUCAGCCAUUGGCAUCCCCGCCAGCGAUAGCCUGGGUGCUCACGCGGCGUCACGUGGGGUCUCUGGCCAAGCGUGCCUGCUUUUCCUCCGCCUGCCUCGCCUCGCUCGGCUCCCUCUUGUACUCGCCGUGGCGAGCAGAGGAGGCCUUGGAGGCUUUGGAGGCGCGAGGCUGUGAGCGGUGCUGGACUUCCUGGGCUUCCUGGGCAGAAGCCUGCUCGGGACAGCCGGCAGUGUUUCUAUCUGUUUUUCCAGGCAACGAUUUCUUAGAGUCCGUCAGUAUCAUAGCUGCGUCCGUGCCUUUUGCCUUGGAGACCUUACGUGGCAGUCUCGGGGCUUCGUCGCUUCCGUGUUUCUUUUCCGGAGCCAGCAUACCAUUGCUGGUCGUGGCAGUCGUGAUGCUGGUGUCUCAGCUUUGGCAGGAGCCCGAAGAUGGGGAGCACCGGUCAACGGAGGACACAAUUGACGUGAUGUGGCUGCUGAUCCUGCUGAUUGCAGUGCUCCCUGCCGGUAUGGCCUGGUCAACUUUUUCUGGUGCCCUCACCGAAUCCUUGCUGACCUGCUGCAUGCUGGACGAUGCCUGGUUCCAAGCCUUCCGCAAACUGCCGGUCGAGCCUGCGCGUGCCUGGAGGCAUGAGCAUGUUCCUGAGAGUCCUGUGACGGUGGCUUCCUCCCAUGUGCUGUGGAGCAGCAGGAUGGUGCCUUUAAGGCUUCGCAUCCUGUUGACGGAAUCUGCCACAGACAUUUGA